AUGCCGAAUUUGUCGACUCCAAUUCAUGACGUAAUUCGAUUACCAUCAAAGAUCCAGUCUCGCAUGGGCUUUCUCUCUGAAGUUAUCGAUCUAGCAGAUCUUAAGAGACGGGGGAGCAAUGUGAUGGAAUACCAUGCGGACAUUGAAUGCGAUCUCAACUUUACGAUCCACGCUUCGCCGGGCUCAAUAUCGGCAUGACAUAUGGAAAGAAUGGGUUACAUAAGUAUUUUUUUGAUGCAAGGCAAUCCAGGGGAUUACAAAUUGUGGUCAAUUGC